AUGCUCGCUGUUGAUUCUCAUUCUCGUUUCAAGCCCUCCUACUUCCAGUCUAUGCCAAUGGACCCCGGCAUGGUUGAUAUGUUCUCCUUCCCCAUGGACGGCAUGCCCUACCAGCACCAGCACCACCAACAUCAUCAACACCACCACCAACAAACCCAGCCUGAUUUCCGCCUGGCAUACCUCGAUGGUCCCAUCUAUGAGGACCUCCAGCAACACCAGUUCCCUUCGAUGCCUACCACGCCUCCCUCAAUCUCCACUAGCCAGUCUGAGCCCCAAAUCCCCACCGGUUCAACUGCCUCGGGACCUUCCAUUGCCAGUGCUCCCUCCUCCGUCAUCAGUUCUCCAUACUCCGGCGCUCAACAAGUCUUCCAAGAUAAUUGGGUGAACACCAACCACGGCCUGGGCUUGCCUGCUGCUGUCAUGGGUGAUCUCUUCUCCUCUCACGAUUAUAUGGGACAGGUGGAGAUGGAUGGAUUGUACCAGGAGAAAUUCCCCGAUCCUUUUGUUGAUCCCUCUCUCAUCCAACCAGUCCACCCGGGCCCCAACUUCACUCCUACCAUCUCCUACCCCGAGAACCCUGCCACCUAUUCCAACAUCCCCCACAAUUUCCCACACUCGCCCGCAACCUCCCCAAUCCCCUACAGCGACAAUGUCGACCACCAAGGCUCGCCCCUCCAGGGAGCGGGUGCCUCCCUCACUAUGCCAGGUCCCCACUCGCGCCCUGUCUCCGUCUACGACCGCCGCUCCUCCGUCUCCUCGAUUCACUCCCGUCGCUCCCAACAAAGCCCCGCCCUCAGCAGUGUCGAAGCCGAUGACGAGGUCAAGGAAAAAGGCCGUUGCCCCUUCCCCGAAUGCGGUCGCGUCUUCAAGGAUCUCAAAGCCCACAUGCUCACCCACCAGUCCGAGCGCCCCGAGAAAUGCCCCAUCAUGACCUGCGAAUACCACACCAAGGGCUUCGCACGCAAAUAUGACAAGAACCGCCACACUCUCACUCACUACAAGGGCACAAUGGUUUGCGGCUUCUGCCCAGGACCCGGCUCCCCCGCGGAAAAGAGCUUCAACCGCGCCGAUGUCUUCAAGCGCCACUUGACUUCCGUCCACGGCGUCGAGCAAACUCCUCCCAACUGCCGCAAGCGCAGCCCCAACGGCUCUUCCAAGAAGGGAACAAAUUACAGCCCCGACGCCACCGGCAAGUGCUCCACCUGUUCCGUAUUGUUCAGCAAUGCGCAGGAGUUCUACGAGCAUCUGGACGACUGUGUCCUGCGCGUUGUGCAGCAGGAAGAACCCUCCGAGGCAAUCAACCAACAGCGACUGGCCGAAGUCGCCGCCGACGAAGAGGUUCAGAAGACGAUGGAAAAGCACCAAUUGCUUGACGCGGCUGGCCCGCGCGAAGAUGAUAACGACUCUCAUGACGAAGAUGACCUAAAUGACCUCUGGCGCACCCGCCUCUCCUCCAACAACCACAGAUCCUCUAAAUCCUCUUCCAACUCAUCACGCCCCAUCAUCGGCUCCGCCAACGCUGUCUCCAAAAAUACUGCCAAGCCCCGCGCCGUCACCCGUCGCCGCAAUAACCGCGGCAACUACCCGCAAUCCUGGGGCUGCCCGAAUAGCAGUAUGAAGACAAAGAAGCGGGUCCUCUGCGUCUUUGACGGUCAGCGUCGCCUGUGGAAGGACGAGAUGAUGUUGAACAAUGACUUCGAGGUCCGUCUUCAACUUCCCGGUGGCGCGGGUGAUGGUACCCAUCGCGAUGCAUAUGUUACCGAUCUCGAUGUCGAGACCAUGAAGCGCGCGGAGGGUGUCCUCAAUGCGACAGAUGCCGAGCGUGGCCCCUGGAUGGAUGGCCCUGCACCUCAUCUAAUGGGCCAACCUGCCAUGCUCUUGCCUGAGCUGGGUAGACAGGAUGAUGAGAUUUCUAUCAACGAACUCAUGGCCUGA